UUCAUUGCAGUUAAAUUAGUUGAACAAAGCUAGGAAAUGGCGGACACGGUUGCCGAAUCCUCGAAAUCGUUCGCCGAAAAGCAACGGGAACGUAUGGAACGCCUGAAGAAGCUGCACACACAACGCAAUGAAGCCCGCACCUCGAACCAUCAAGAGGUGAUCGCGGAGGACGAGCGAAAGAAACUACCAACCAACUGGGAAGCUAGAAAACGGCAGGCCGAGUGGCUGAUGGCUGAUGUGAGCGCACGAACGGAUGCUGAAACGAAGGGACUUGACUACAACCGGGUAAAAAUGCUGCACGUGUCCGCUGCCGAAGCGGAUCGUAUCGAUAAACUGAAGGCGAAGAAGCGGAACGCGGAUCCGGGCUUUUCCGACUACGAAGCACAAACAGCACGGCAGUACAAUCGCCUGGUGAAAACCAUGGCGCCCAGGGAUUUGGCAAAGUACGAAGAGCAGAAGGAAAAGUACGGUGAUGCGUUCUACGGUGGACCGAACGUUAUCCUGCAGGGGCUGCACAAGGACACCCCGAAGGCCAUCGACAACAUGGUGAAGGAUCUGGAGGGACAAAUUGCCAAGCGUAAGAAGUUCUCUCGGCGUCGCACGCAUAACGACGAUGCCGACAUCGAUUACAUUAACGAGAAGAAUGCUCGAUUCAACAAGAAACUGGAACGAUUCUACGGUGAGCAUACGGCCGAGAUCAAGCAGAACUUGGAGCGCGGAACGGCUAUCUAGAGUGUACAUAAUGCUUCAUCAUUCGAUUUUUUUACUAAUUUAAGAUCAAUAAAUAAAGGGUAUAUUUAUAAUUAAAGAAUUGAAUGCAUA